AUGAUCGAGGUUGGGCGGUUAGCGGGAGGCCGAAAGCAGCGGCGAAAACAGCCAUUUGCAGCCUCCGGCCAACCGUCACAUCGUUAUAUGAAGUAUCUUUUUACCGAGGCCCUAGUUCAAAACCCCUUCAGCCGAUUCCACCACGUUUCAAGGUGCAACAAGAUACGAGCGCAACAAAAUUCCGAUGCACUCCGUCCAGCCCGAGGGGGAUCUGUAUUCCCACUCCCAUUGUCCCUUUUGAGACACAGCAUGCUGCCUGCUCUCAUGAUUGAAGAUCCUAGGACUCUCCGAAAGGCAGCAAUGCGUGAGUCGGAACUGAACGGAUCUUACCUUUCUGCAUAA